GUUUAUUCCUGCUGCAUCGAGGCCCAAAGUGCCAAUAAAACAGCGGGAAGCGUUCCUCCAGAGGAGGAGAGCUGUCUUCACUCGGCAGGGCUCCCGGGGAUGUGCCAGGCAGGGAGAGCUUUGCUGGCCAAGCUGCAGGGCACGGCUGCAGGGCUGCCAGGAGCCUGGCAGUGACUCUGCCAUGGUGACACAGCCCAGAGCACUGCAUCCAGCAGGAAAGCGCUCCCACAGCUCCGGGCUAAAGCUGCUAAAGAUUCACCCAGGCUAAAGGGAUCAUCCUGCCAUGGUGACACAGCCCAGAGCACUGCAUCCAGUGGGAAAGCGCUCACACAGCUCCAGGCUAAAGCUGCUAAAGAUUCACCCAGGCUAAAGGGAUCAUCCUGCCAUGCAUCCUAAGCAUGUAGAUGCUCUCCAGCUUCUGCAGUGUGCAGGAUUCAGGUGAAAGCACAGAUUUUCCAGGGUUCUUUUAUGUGCUGCUUUUACCAUGAAAACAGUUUAAAUUGUGUUUUAUUCAGCAGCGGUCUGUGUGGAUGGUGCUUGGUAAAUUCACUGCCCUUUGCUCUUCAUCAGUCCAGUUAAACAAAAAAUAAAUGUGUAGCUGCAGAAAUGAACCCAUGAACCUUCUGUGCCCAUUCCUGGGUGAGUUAAUUCCCAUCCACUAAGCUGCUGUCAGAAUGUGUGAACCAAGGUCUGCCAUGUGCAUGAGGGAACAAAGAGAAGAGAAAAUUGCAGGAGUUUGAUACAUUAAUUAGGUCACAGUUCACAGAGAAAGCAGAAAUGGAUUCCUUAAGGUGAAAAGAACAGGCACUUAGGUGGCAAUGACACUAUUCUGUAAAUUCCAGCACUUUUGGCGAGGGGCAGGCAGUAAUCACAUCCAUUCAAAUAUAUAAAUUCAGAGACUCACAGUGCCCAAGGCCAGCAGAGACCAUUGUGAUGGUUCCUUCUGACCUUCUCCAUCAUGGGGGUCAAGGAGUACCUUUUAUACAGAUAUCUAUGAGUGUUGCUGGGUGUCAGUUGAGGGAGCUGGGCUGGAUUCAAAAAUCAGACUAGCUCAGAUCAGGAGCAAGAGCAUACAAAUUGCAGUGCUACAAAAAAGCUCACAGGAAAAAUCAGGCACAGAUUUCAGGUAACAGCACCUUUGAGUCACCAGCAGCUGCUGAAGUGAAGGGCUUAAAACACACCUGUGAAAUGAAGUAAGCAGAGGGAAGUAAGUACUGUUCUGUAGAGUACUAUAAAAAUGGUCACACAUGCUUUUUGUAUGUGUGUAAAAACCCCUGCUACAGCAAGUGAAAGCAACAGGAAUGUUGUAACAGUGUGAAGUGUGCCAGAAGAGCAGCCAGGGGACCGGGGUGCUCCCUGCCAGCGAGCCCUGAGCGCGACAGGCAGCGUCUGCACCCAGGCCUGGGUCUGUACCUGCCCUGCAGCCACAGCUGCACCCAGGACCUGCAGUCGGCUUUGCACCUUUAUCCUACCGGGCCUGGGCAGUGCGUUCAUUUCCCCAAACCCCGUGGCAAUUAUUGAACCUCCCGACAGCCCCUGGGGAGCACUGGGCUCUGAUCACGCACUGCUGCCGUGUUCGUGGGUUUCAGCUGUCGGGCUGUGUGUUUGUAGACUGGGUUUUGCUGUCCCUUCUCUGGAAUUCAGAGGCAGACCCGGCCAGGCCCGGGGCAGAGGUGAUGCGGAUGCUGCCCAUUCCCGUGGCAACCCAGCAGAGCUGCGGGAAGAGGUUCCCACAGCAAAGGGCAGACGCACCUGGGCGCAGGGAACCGCAGAGGGAGGGAGGCGGCUCAGUGUAUUUCAAACCUCACCGACACGUGGGUUUCACACUAAUACCAUCUGGAAGAUACAGCUGAGGACACCCACGUGCAUCCCAUGGCAUCACUCGGACACUCUCGUUUGGCACCCGAGCAAACCAGCGGCGGCAGCGGCUGUGACUGCCCGAGAGCAGCGGCGUUCCCGUUCCCGGUUCUCUCUCCCCGUUCCCGGGCCGUUCCCGGUCCGCUCUCCCCGUUCCCGGUCCGCUCUCCCCGUUCCCGGCUCUCUCUCCCCGUUCCCGGCUCUCUCUCCCCGUUCCCGGUCCGUUCCCGGUCCGCUCUCCCCGUUCCCGGCUCUCUCUCCCCGUUCCCGGCUCUCUCUCCCCGUUCCCGGUCCGUUCCCGGCUCUCUCUCCCCGUUCCCGGUCUGUCCCCGGCCAUGCCGGAAGCGCGGGCGGAAGCGCUCUGCGUUGCGCGCGCGGGCUGCGGGCCCGCCGGCGCUGGGAGCGGGGCCGCACCGGGGCCGCACCGAGGCUGUACCGGGGCUGUACCGGGGCCGCACCGGGGCCGCACCGAGGCUGUACCGGGGCUGUACCGGGACCGCACCGGGGCCGCACCGGGGCCGCACCACAGACACACGGACAUGGCCCAGGCGCUGCCGCUGCUCGAGCCGCCGUGGCCGCCCAGCCUGGCCCCGCUGAAGGCCGUGGAUGACUUGCUGCGCUGCGGGAUUUGCUUCGACUACUUCAGCAUCGCCGUGAUCAUCCCGCAGUGCUCGCACAGCUAUUGUUCCCUUUGUAUCCGCAAGUUCUUGUCCUAUAAAACGCAGUGUCCAACAUGCUGUGUGGCAGUCUCAGAAUCUGACCUGAAAAACAACCGGAUUUUAGAUGAUCUAGUGAAGAGCUUUAAUUCUGCAAGACAGCAGCUGUUGCAGUUGGUGUUGGAUGCUCCCCCGAAUCCGUCCCCUCCGGCUGCCGAGAGCCACAGGAGCCCUGGGGCUCAGCCAGAUUCUAAAGAGGUGCUGGGGAUGGACAGCUUCUUGAGAAAGGACAAAGUCUGCACCUCCACCAAGGCAGGUGGCCUGGCAUGGACUGCUCAGAAGGGUUUCAAAACCGAGGAACACCACGACCUUCACAGCACUUCUGCAGAGCCUGGUGGUAAAGACAGCGAAGUGGGAUCACAAGGGAUUCCUGGGUGCACUGAAGGUCAUGAAAAGCCUUCUACGUCUGUGCUGAAAGCAGACAGGAAAGUGGAAUGUCCUGUUUGUGAGGUUGCUGUUCUAGAGCAAUACAUAAACAAACAUCUGGACAGCUGCCUGACCAGGGAGGAGAAGAAGGACAGCCUGCGAAGUUCUGCUCACAAAAGGAAGCUGAUGUCCAAAGUUGUUUAUAACCUGCUGUCGGAUCGAGAUCUGAGGAAGAAGCUCAAGGAGCAUGGUCUGUCUGCCUCUGGGACCCGGCAGCAGCUCAUUAAGAGACACCAGGAGUUUGUGCACAUGUACAAUGCUCAGUGUGAUUCCCUAAAUCCCAAAUCAGUUGCAGAGGUUGUUAAAGAGCUGGAGAAGAAUGAGAAGAUUCGGGUUCAGUUAGAGUGUAAUAAACCUGGUGAAAAUAGCUUGACCUUCACAAAGGACCAGACAGAGGAAGAAAUAGAUGAGAUCCAUGCUGAAUAUCGAAACAAACACAGAAGUGAGUUCAAGUUCUUGGUGGAUCAAGUAAAUAAACGGUGGAAGAAAACAGGUGAGAGGAAGGCAGAAAGUGCUCAGAACAAAGAGGAAGUCUCUGUCAAAGAGCUGCCAGCAGCCACAGAACCUGGGGAAGAGGAUCACACAGCUGUUCUCCCUGGAAAAGCCCAAGCGCUGCAACCAGAAACUCCUGAUGGCCACAGAAGUGACUCCCAUUGCUUGGAGCUAUGGCAGAGGUCAGGCUCUCCUGAAUUCUCUCUGUCCUCUGGCUCGAGCAGCAGCACCAAUUCGGACAUUCUGGCAGAUGUGGAAGGCUCUGAGACAUGUUCAGCAUCCUCUGACAGCUCCGUGGCGCCGGCAGGGAGCAGGAGGAGGCCGCGGCGGCCGCGCGUCCCCGACAGCGACGGAGUGGUGCCCCAGGGCAAGCGCAAGAGGAGCUAGAGCUGCAGCCUGCCCGAGCUGGAAACUCCUCCUGCCUUUUGCCCGUUCUCACAGUGUCUGGGUACUGAGUAAAAUGCUGUAUUUUCUCAUCACUGCCAUUCCAGCUGCCUUAAUGACCGGGCUGGUGGGUUUGUCCACAGCCCUGGGGGCCACUGUUGGUUGAGGUUGGGCACAGAGUGCCAGAGCCCUGCGGGAGCCUGGCCUGGCUCCUGUGCCUGAGUUUCCUUCAACACCUGGGUCUGGGUGCUGCCACAGUUCUGCUUUCAUCCCGUGGAAGCCUCUCCUGCCCUCCUGCCCAGCUGCAGGACAGUGUUUUGUUUGGGGGUGGGUGUUUUGUUUGGGUACUGGUGUCCCAGUUUGCUGGCACAGCCAGGGGAGGGGGGGGCUGAGGAAUGUGGGGAGAUUCUGUCCUACACUAACAGGCUUUUUGAUAUAUGUCUGUGUCAACUUACUCAGUAUUAUGUGUCAGUAUUUCAGUUUGAAGUCCUGAAACUGGAAGGUUGUUAGACAUGAAGUAUUCUAGCUUUCAAGCAAAUAGUUACAUUGAAAAGCCUGAUCUUCCGUAAGAGGUGGUGGAAUUUUGUGAUGUAAUAAAGCAGUGCAAGAAAAUGAAGGAAAUGCAAGAAACCUGACAUUAAGGAAGGCUUUGAAAAAUAAAGCUUGUAAGCAAAAUAUGAAAAAUACUUCAGGUGCUUUUGCUGAGCCCUGAAGUUUUGGUCAGAGCCUGUCAGUGGGAGCUUGGCAAAGAAGGCACAAAAUCUGGGUAAGAUUGAGGGUUGUUGUGUCUUGGCUUCAGACUGUAGCUGGGAUUCAGAAAUAAUCCUCAAACCAUGGUUCCCAGGAAUAUUUGUUUUUGGAACUGGCUGAAUCAUGGCAGAUAUAAACUAUCAUAAGUGCAUGAGGUAGAGAGAAGCAGGGGCAAAGCAGGAAUCUGGUCAUGUUGAUUUGGUUCUUUUUUGCUAAACCAAGCCUUUUGAAAGACAGUAAUUAUUGAUGUCUGCUUUAGGGCUGCCUUUUUGUCACAGCAGCUCACAUCAGGCAUUAGAAUUGGUUGCAGUUGGCCAGUGGAUGGUAGUAUUGUAAAUUAGUGUCAUAAAUGGCUUUCUCCAGGUGCUUGCAAAGCAGCUGCUGGUGUGAGGGAGGACACUGGUGUGGGGACACCAUGGCUGGUGUGGCUGCAGGUACUGACAUUUCCAUUGGAAAUGAGCUGAAGAGCCAUGCUGCCACGGGAACUGGCAAUUCCAUGGGGCAGGAGAAGGGAGAGAGCAGCUGACACAUUAAAUACAGGCAUGAACUGGUCUGGUUUGCUGACAAUCUGUCAAGAUUAAUUUUUUUUAUAUCAUUUACUGUUGUCAUCACCAUUUAAAGUCCAAAGUGGUGACCUUUGUCUGAGGUGGAGCCUUUUCCCUCCUUUUGUGCAGGGCUGUGGGUUGGUGCCAGGGGAGGGCAGGGGCAGCUGACAAAUGUGCGGAGGCUCUGACACCCUGCCGGAGGUGCAGGGGAGGCUGCAGGGAGCAGGCACACUGGGCAAUGUGGAGGCUUAGGAAAAAAUGUGGAUUUGAAGGUCUGGUGCCUCAUUCCCACCCCAAUGGAGUGCAGCUUCUCCUGCCAGCCCCAGGGCCAGCUCCAGCCCCGGACGAGUGCCGGGGUGUGCCCGGUCCGGCCUUGCUGGCAGUGGCUGCUCAUCCCCUGGGUGCCAUAAAUGAUCCUUGCUGCACUUCUCACCAGCCCAAGGCUCACAGGAACUGCAUAACACAAGGGAAAAAACAACAGAGAAGGAAACACAGUGUCCUCCCCUCACUGUCCUGUCCUUGCUCCCCUGGGCAGCUCUGCUCCUCCGUCACUGAGUCCAGGGGCCAGUGGGAGCAGCUGGGGGCUUGUGAGCAGCCAGGCUGGGGCACAGGUCAGGGCCAGAGGAGCCCAGGCAGCGCUGACAGGGGUGAGGCACAGGGUCCUGCUGGGGCCGAGCAUGGCCCCAUGCAGGGGGAGAACCCCGCCACUGUGUUCCUUGGGUGAGUCAUCAUAAAGCUGCUGCAUCCGACACCUUUUCACUGGGUUGGUUGUGACCAGUGUUUGGCACAUCUCCUGCUGGACUCACUGCAUUCCCAGGGACCCUCUGUCUCACCCUGCUGCCUGGGGUGGGGUCAUGGGGACCCUCCAUCCCACCCUGCUGUGGGUCCAGCCUCUCUGCAGCAAUUCCCAGAGUGGAUCUGAGGCAGAUUCCCAAUGACUGCGGCUCCCUGGAGAAUUGGGAGUAGGGCAGAAGCUCCCAGGGGACUGAUGGCAGCCAGGGUGGUGCUGGGCUGGGCUGCCACUGGAAAACUUUGGGAAGGGCUGCUUUGGGCAGGGAAUCCAUUCAGGAGGAAAUGAAUUUAGUCAUGGAGCAGUCUCUCAGGCCGGGGCAGAAGGGCAAAAGUGGAAACUAAAUAAUCAAAAAGUAAAAACGUCCUGUCCUCCCCGCCCGGCAGCAGAGCCGUGAGAAAGGCGCGAUCCCGGGAAUGGGGGAGCAGCAGCAGCAGGGUCACCCUGCUGGCCAGGCCUCCUCUGCCUCCCACCGCCUGCACCUCUGCAGCGAGAGCUGGGCUCAGACAGCAGUUUGGGUCAGGGGUCAUCACUGGUUUGGUUUGGCUUUGCAGAUACUGGGGAGUUUCUGUUGCAUUGUUUUUGCCAGGGAGGAAUGCUCUGAAGGCCAAGGGAAUUUGCCCAGGCUGUGGUACCUGUCUGUGCCUGGUCAGAAGAGGUCUGCUCUGCUUGCAGCCUUGCCCUGGUGGUUCUGAGGGAGCUGUCACACCCUGAGCUGUCACUGUCACACCCUGAGCUGUCACUGUCACAGUGCUCCGGGCUGGCUCUGCCUGGACCAGAGGGGUUCCCUGGCAGCCAGGACUGGGCAGUGCCAGCUCAGGACAUGGGGGGUGGCCUGAGCACCCCUGGGAUGGCCCUGUGGCCCCUGGGGACACGCAGCUGCCAGGGUCUCUCAAGGCCACUUCUCCAAGGGUGCUGUGUUUGCUGGCAGGAGUUAAAGAGAAAAAAAUCUUUUGGUUGAAGGAGGGUUUUGGUAGAGAGCAGAUAUUCUGGAAUUGGAACACCUCACACAAACAAGAAUUGAAGAUGAAUCACAGUUACCUGCUGGGCAAGCCCAACACCAGGAUCUGCUGCCCAGAGGAAAGAAUAAUCAGGGUUCUGUCCCACCUGGCAUCGGAGGAGCCAGAGAGCCUGAAUUCAAAAUGAUUUGGACAAAUUGGUGAGUUGGGUCCAAAACAACCACCUGGAAUUAAAUAAAGAAGAGGAUGAAUUACCAUCUUCAGGAAGGAGAAGGUAAACACAUUACUGCAAAUGGGAAGUAAUUAGUGAGGCAGAAAAGUUUGUAUAAAUGUAGCUGGGCUUCAUUUUUGUAGGGAAAGCUCACUGCUCUGGUUAAUUAUUUGGCCGCACAGGGGCAUUCCUGGAGCCUGGACCGGGGGUUUCAUUGCAGGUACUCUGGGAGACAAAUGGGGGCUGUGUGGAAACACCCUCACCUAUGUGGGCAUUCCCAGGCACGUCUGCUUAGAUGCUCACACAGAUGCAUGAGUUCAUGGGCAGCUCCAGCUCCAUCUGCAAAGCUGUGGCCUGGGCUUGACAUUUUGCCAGACCUCUUCUGUCCUGGGGACCAUAAAGUUGUGAUUCCAGAUAGCUAUUGGAAAAACAGCUAUUUCAGAUCCAGCAGUAAACCAAAAUGCAAUUAAAUUUAGUUUUGUUUAGUGUUUGUGCUUGUGAUUAUCCCAAAGCAUGUAUUUUUAAAAUAAAAAUGUUUCCAGCUCCAUGGCAUCCCUGAACAUUUAAAGCUGGAAG